UUGUUGUCGAUGAUUAGACAUCAACAUUUAACUGGUGUAUAUAUACAUACAUGCCUACUAACCACAUAUAUAUAUGUGUAUUUAUAUAGUCACAUAAAUGCAUUAUUAAGCUAAACGAAAAUGGAUCAGCGAUAGCCGUGCAAAAAAUAAAUAGCUUUUACCAUUUAUUUGUGUGUUGCACGUAUAAAGUGGUGUUUAUAGAUUUAUAUAUAUAUACACACCCACCCAAAACAGUUUUGGAAUUGUUGCAAUUAUGUCAUGUCGACUAAAUGGACAGUAUAAUAUUUCAUAUUAACUAAAAAAAAAACAAGCCGACAGACAACGAUAAGGUGGGAAAGAAAAAGGAGAGAGAAAGCAGAGUUUGUGAAAGCCUCCAGCCAUGAGUGGUUUAAAGAACCGAGAAAUUGUGGAGGAAGAUUUAGUUAAGUUACUGCAACAUUUCAUUCAUACUUCACACCGAGCUAACAGCAAAGAUGAUGCUAAGGGUCUCCUCUACACGGACGACUGUGAAAGACUGUUUAAUAAAGAUUAUGCCUAUACUGUGAUCCCCAACUUGAAUGGAGAGUUGUGUUGCCAUUACCCUUACAAGGUGUUCGUGUUGGAAUAUGAGAAGCAGAUGGUCAGCAAUAAAGAAUUGUCCAAUGGCCAAGACUCAGAUGUAUAUGAGAACUUAUUGGAUAUCGGGAAGCUGAAACAGUUCUUUUGGGCGGCACGAUCAGCCAGAUGUCGAGGUCGCUUUGUGGUGCCAGUCAUUCUUUUUGAAGGCAAACAAAUCUGUCGAUCCGGUACCCUAUCCACUGGGAUGGAAAUGUUUGGAAGAGUCGGAAUCGACUUCUUCUUGAGUUCAGAUUCUUCAGCCACAGCUUCUAACAUAUCAAAUUUGGAACAAGGCAAAGAUGGACAGAGUGAGUGGCCCAGCCAUGACAAAAUCCGAGGACAUGACAUCAAGCUGCUGAAAUAUCUCAAAAUAAAUUAUAUCUGUGAUCUAAUGGUGGAGAAGAAGAAAGUGAAAUACUACAUGCGGGUGGCCUCUUCCGAGAAAGUUGACAAGGAAAGUCGCUAUUCUGAUUUCUGUCUUUUGUCUCUUCCUUAUCCUGGCUGUGAAUUUUUUAAGGAAUGGAAGGAACACGCUUAUUGUGGACAGGAAGUGAAAUAUGACUGGAACCAACCCUCCAUUGACGCUGCUUUAGAUAUUCCAAACGAACUCUAUUCUUUAACUGAUGUUCACUGGGAGUUCUAUAAGGACUGGGAUCUACUUUUGUUGACCAAGAACUAUUUUAAACUGCUCAUAUCACUUAUAAGAGAAGGGUCUUCAGGAAUCUUGGUCCAUUGUAUCUCUGGAUGGGAUCGAACCCCUCUCUAUAUUUCCUUACUUCGUCUUUCAUUGUGGGCUGAUGGUGCCAUACAUCAGUCCCUUAAGCCAGAAGAGAUUCUCUACCUCACCAUAGCAUAUGACUGGUAUCUGUUUGGGCACUGUUUACCUGACAGGAUCGAUAAAGGAGAAGAGAUUUUUCGAUUUUGCUUCCAUUUUUUGAAAUUUAUAACUUCUGAUGAUUUCUCUGUUUAUUCUGGUGGAAGUAAACGGAAAAGUAACAAUACAUCGAGGCCAUCGUCUCAAGCAUUUCCUGAAGAUAUGAAGGCUGACUUUUUGGAUUCGGUGUUUCAUAAUAACGAAGGGAAUGCAGAGAAGGAACCGGAGAAAGAACUAGAGAAGGAAUUGGUUGUAGAAAUAUCUGAAUUUCCACAGGAAAACAAGAAUGAAAAUAGUGCAGGUAAUAAAGAGAAUGGCGAAGUGACAGUAACAGAUUCCAAUUUGCUCCCUGGUUCAUAUUCUUCAUCUUCCAUGUCUACAAGUCCAUCUGGAGCUCAGAUCUUCCUUUCAGAGGAUACCCAGAGUGCCGCGUACAUUCAUCAUAAGGUGCCUAAUACUACCGAUAACACUGCUACUGCCACGAGUACCUCUUUGACAGCUGAAAAACUACAUUGCCAACAACUACAGCGAAAGCUCGCUCAGUGUGGUCUCAGUUCUUUGGGUUCAGGAGAUUCCGGUUCAUCAAUGAGUGCCGCCAGGAACAUCGACAUCGCAAACGAGAAAACUGCUCCACCCGCCUCUUCUCCCAAUCACCUGGGCUCCGUGAAACAUUACACACCUGGAUGGUUUUCUUCACCUGCACAUUCAGCGCAUAUAUCAUCUCCUGCAACUCUAACGCAUUCUCUAUCUGAAGAGAACGUCCCCUCUCGGUCCAGCCGGUUGGCCUGUGUCCGAAAUAUGUUCUUCCAUGCCUACAGCAUCGCAGAGUCUUCCAGUGCGGCCAACCCCUCCUCCAUGUUAGAUUCACUCACCGAGGGCUUCAGGUGGGGUUCUGUAAAAUCUGACGACAUGUGAUGCGGCGGCGGCAGCAGCAGGAGUGUCCGGUGGGGCUGGGAUGGUUGGUGGGGGGUGAAGACGAGGAGCAGGGACAAGCAUAAGAAUUACGGUACCUCACACACCCCCUACAACUCUCUCACUCCCCUCCACCCACCUAGGCCUGCAUCUACAUCGCUCUGUAAAUAACUAUCCACCCACCCACCCAACUACCCAUUAAUUUACAUUUCUUUGCAUCAUCAACAACAACAACAACAGCAGCAACAUUAAGCUGUUAGGGGUGGAUGCAGUAAAUAAAUAACAACAGUCAAAUACCCGGGUAUCAAACAUAGUCAACCACAUCUUCCUCUACAUAUCAUAGAAAUCGUUUUUGUAAUUAAGACAGUGGAAUGGUAGAAGUGGUAGACUCCUGGACUUUAUUCCUUUCUAGAUUUAGUUACUGCCUCCAUCUCAGUUCUGAGUUCAUAUCCCAUCACAGGCAACUUAGCCUUUCUUUCUUUCCUUCUCCUCCUCCACCCUCAUCAUCAUUUAACCAUUUGGCGUUUAAACCAGCCAUAUUGGGCCCAAAUAUUCUUACUGUUUUAUGUUCAAACUGGCCAGAUAUGACCUCUCACACCUACCCUGCAAUGUUAUUCUAAAAAUCAUACAAUCACAUUAUUGAAGUCUCAAAAUUGUGCUGUUUUAACUCAAAACGAUAUGAAUUACAUUUGACAGAAUAAUUUGAAUGCUAAAGGUCCAAUAUACGUUUUUCAUGCUGGCAUGGGUUGGCAUAAAUUUUUGUCUUUCAACAAUGAUGACAAGCAAAUCUCUGACUUUUGAACAUGUAGACGUUGCUGUUGUUGUUACUACAGUCCUAAACCUGCCCUGCCCCACCCUUACAUUGUGGUUAUCCUCAUACUAUUAUGGCCCUUUCUUACCACCAUCCAUAUCCAGAAUAUAGUGGGGUCACCAUCAAAUGCCUUCAUCUUUGGCCCUCAUUGCUUCAAGUAAAUUCUGCCUUGACACAUCACUCUCUCUAUAAUCACCCCAUUGUCCCACUACAUUCAUUCUAUUCCAUCCUAACAUUCCUUAAUUCCAUUGUCCCUUUUCAUUCCAUUCCAUCACCCUCCUCCAUUCUAUUGCAUUCAUUUCAUCUCAUCGUCCCUUAACCCUAUUGUAUCCUUUCAUUCCAUUCCAUCUCCCCCCUUGUCCAACUACAUUCAUUCCACCUCAUCUUUUCAUCCCUAUUCCCACUGUGCCCCCUCUCAUUCCAUUCCAUCACUCCUUGUCCUAUUGUGUUCAUCUCAUCACCCCAUUUGUCCUUUGUAACCAUCCCACCACCCAUUGUCCUAUUGUGUCCGUCCCAUCAUCCCUUGUCCUAUUAUCUCCAUCCCAUCACCCCUUGUCCUGUUGUAUCCAUUCCAUCACCCCCUUGCCUUAUUGUGUCCAUCUCAUUCUAUCUGUCCAUCCAUUCAUUCAGCCCUCUCACAUCCUGCUCCCAUCAUCUCCCACCCUUAAUAAACUGCCCUUGUUUGCUCAUUUAUUUAUUUACAAUAUUUUCCCUUACCCAAACAAACUCAAGGUUUUACUCAACCUUUCCAAGACCCCCCCCCCUUCCUUCUGCCCACUGCUAUAACUUGGGCUGCCACCACCUUUUGGGGGGAACAAGGCUACUAUUGCAGGGAGGGUACACUAUCUUUUAUUUAUUAUUACUAUAACUGGGUUUGUGCCCAGAAGAACAAUCACCCCUGUGGCCCUACCCAUGCUACACCACUGCUUGUCCCCCCCUCUGCAUAAUCAACCAUCUUUUUCUCCAUUGUGUUCCCUUCUCUUUCUCUCUCCCCUAUAUUUAUUGUUUGCCUUGGUUUGUCUCCUCGCCCCCACGCCCUGUAAUAAUAAUAAUAAUAAUAAUAAUAAUGAUAGUAAUGAAAGAGGAGGAGGAGGCAGAAGAAAAACAAAGAAACAAAAAUGUUAUAUCGAUGGAGUCUGGGACCAUGGAACCAAGGAACCAUUUUUAUGUCAUCCAUAAACAUUGUAUUAAAUAAUGCCUUGAAUAAAAUAAAAUUGAAAUAAAAAAAAAGAAAAAGAAAUUAUUAUUAUGAAACUGUUAAAUAA